ACUGUUUAUGACAGGGUUUUGGGUAGCGACCUAGGGCGAAACCGGUGUUUGGUUGGACGCUGUUGUAUCAGGAAGUGUCAAACAUCCAAUGACAAGCGGAUUCUUGUUUCCACUGCGCUGAUCCACCGAUAUAUGGUUUAUCCAGCAGAAAAGUGAGUAAGGUUCACUUUUGCAGAUUUUAAACAUUCAAAAUAGACUAUUAUUCACCAGAAAUUACUCACGGACUAUGAAGUGAGAACUUUAUUGGUAGGUGAGGGUAAGCACAUAGCUGCCUAGAAGUUAGUAGCCUACUCUCCCCUUCUCCAGGACAAAUUGAGCGCACAAGGUGCCUCUGUUCUCGAACUCACUCUCUACCGGACCUGACAGUUUGAAGAACUCGGUCAGAGUAAAAUGGACUGGCUGUACCCACGAUUUCACAAGGAGUCCCUAGCUCAAAUUCUCUGUCGUUUGGGAUUGUUCGUGAUCUGUAUGGGAAUGGUGUUGACCAUGUCCAUGUAUCCCAUGCUGAGGGCCCUGUGUGUCCAGCUCCAUUCUGCCUUCACGGGGAGCUACGUACCUGGACACCACUCGGUCCUCCUCAUCAACUGCCCCAAUGAACAGGCAGCCAAGGACAUAGGCAGAGCCCUUAUGGAGAGGAGGAUGGCAGCAUGCAUCAAUAUUCUGCCCAGGACUUCUACGAUGUAUUACUGGAAAGGAGAGGUUCAAGAUGCGACAGAAAUUCUGAUGUUUGUGAAGACGAGGACCUCGAAGAUCCAGAGGGUCACAGACUUUGUCAAAUCUGUCCAUCCCUAUGAGACUCCAGAGGUGCUGAGUUUUCCAGUUGAGGACGGGAGCCUGCCAUAUAUGAAAUGGAUGGAUGAGGCCGUUCCUGACGACUGACGAAUGAGGGAGCAUAAUAUCCCCAAUGGUCUGUGAUCUUAUUGGAUGUGAAUCUCCAAUCGGUUGAUUAACAGGAGAGUUAGGCCACAGGGAUUGGCUAGGAACCAGGAAUCUUUGGAUUAGAUCGAGGGGUCCAAAGUUUAACUCAUGCUUUUGAACUCUCAAUCCACAGAUGAUAACGGAUUAGCUCCCACCAGAGGGGCAUACAGUGCCUUGCAAAAGUAUUCAUCCCCCUUGGCGUUUUUCCUAUUUUGUUGCAUUACAACCUGUAAUUUAAACUGAUUUUUAUUUGGAUUUCAUG